GAGGUAGAGUCAGGGUGGGGAAAACCAUUAAUCUGUUUUCCAAACAAGUUUUCAUAAAUAACUGACAGGAGAUGGGCUGUUUUUAUGGAAGUAUUAACCCAAAUGAUGGGUGUUAAUCAUUAAACCUUUUAGGUGGUGGCUCGCUUGUUUCUCUGAUAUUCUAAUCCGGGUCACAGAAUGGCUAAGGCAGAUUUAAGUGCAGCGUGGAUUUUUUUUUUUCUCACUUUGCCUUGUGUUUUCCACCCUGAAAGAAUGUUGUGGCUGCUCUUUUUUCUGGUGACUGCUAUUCAUGCUGAACUCUGUCAACCAGGUGCAGCAAAUGCUUUUAAAGUGAGACUUAGUAUCAGAACAGCUCUGGGAAAUAAAGCAUAUGCCUGGGAUACCAGUGAAGAAUAUCUCUUCAAAGCGAUGGUAGCUUUCUCCAUGAGAAAAGUUCCCAACAGAGAAGCAACAGAAAUUUCCCAUGUCCUACUUUGCAAUGUAACCCAAAGGGUAUCAUUCUGGUUUGUGGUUACAGACCCUUCGAAAAAUCACACCCUUCCUGCUGUUGAGGUGCAAACAGCCAUAAGAAUGAACAAGAACCGGAUCAACGGUGCUUUCUUUCUAAAUGACCAAACUCUGGAAUUUUUGAAAAUCCCUUCCACACUUGCACCACCCAUGGACCCAUCUGUGCCCAUCUGGAUUAUUAUAUUUGGUGUGAUAUUUUGCAUCGUCAUAGUUGCAAUUACACUACUGAUUUUAUCAGGGAUCCGGCAACGUAGAAGAAAGAACAAAGAACCAUCUGAAGUGGAUGACGCUGAAGAUAAGUGUGAAAACAUGAACACAAUUGAAAAUGGCAUCCCCUGUGAUCCCCUGGACAUGAAGGGAGGGCACAUUAAUGAUGCCUUCAUGACAGAGGAUGAGAGGCUCACCCCUCUCUGAAGGGCUGUUGUUCUGCUUCCUCAAGAAAUUAAACAUUUGUUUCUGUGUGACUGCUGAGCAUCCUGAAAUACCAAGAGCAGAUCAUAUAUUUUGUUUCACCAUUCUUCUUUUGUAAUAAAUUUUGAAUGUGCUUGAAACUGAAAAGCAAUCAAUUAUACCCACAAACACCACUGAAAUCAUAAGCUAUUGAUGACUCAAAAUAUUCUAAAAUAUUUUUCUGACAAUAUAGUGUAUAAAUGUGGUCAUAUGGUAUUUGUAGUUAUUGAUUUAAGCAUUUUUAGAAAUAAGAUCAGGACUAUAUAUAUAUUUUCACACUUCAAAGACCUAAGGAAAAAUAAAUUUUUCCAGUGGAGAAUACAUAUAACAUGGUGUAGAAAUCAUUGAAAAUGGAUCCUUUUUGAUGAUCACUUAUAUCACUCUGCAUAUGACUAAGUAAACAAAAGUGAGAAGUAAUUAUUGUAAAUGGAUGGCUAAAAAUGAAAGUAUUGAUAUACAGGGUAGAAUUUUAUCCUGUUAUCACACCAACAGUUGCUUAUAUAUUUUCUGAAUAUCAGCCCCUAAUAGGAUAAUUCUAUUUGUUGACCAUUUCUACAAUUUGUAAAAGUCCAAUCUGUGCUAACUUAAUAAAGUAAUAAUCAUCUCUUUUUGAUUGUA